GGCGCUAAAUACAUUGUUAUUUACCGUGAACCAUGUUCUGCAUUCUACAGUUACUUCAACUUCUACAAGGAUUGGAUGUUUCAAUCAGGGGAAGUUUCACUUCAUGAAUUUGUGAAGGAUUUUCUACUCGCUAUUGGUGCUCCAGAAAAGAAGACAGAAGUUGCAUCUUAUUUUGUGCACUUACUCAGCUGGUGGGAACACAGGAAUGACUCGAAUGUUUUAUUUCUGUUCUUUGAGGAUAUGAAAGAUGAUUUAGAAAGUGCUGUUAGGAUGGUUGCAGCAUUCAUGGGAAUUCAAGAUGAGGAAACGAUUAAGAAGGCUGUGAAAAUGAGCUCCUUUGAAUUUAUGAAAGGAAAUGAAAGGAAGUUUUCAGAAGUUCGUGUCGCACGUUAUCGGAAUAAAAGUUGUGGGAUACCUGAUGAUGCUGCCCCCAGUAAGGUUGCCACAGGAUCUGCCACGAAAGGACGAGAGUUGAUGGAUGACAAAACUAAAGAAAUUAUUCAGGCAAAAUGGCUGGAAGUCGUUGGUAAACAAACUGGAUUUCAGGAUUACAAUGAGUUGAGAAGUGCAUUCAAAAAGGAACAGAUAAAUAAUAUUUAAGAUAUUUGAUAUUAGAGAGAUACAGAUUUGACUUCCACUACCGCUAUUACUACCUUUAAGGCAUCAUUAACCAAUCAGAUGGGUCUGAUUAUUUCAAUUAAUCAACCAGAUGCGUAACUACCAAGCCCGUGUUAGGUAGUGGUAGUGGAAAUCAAAUCUGAAAUUCGUUAUUAACGUUAUUCAACAGAACAUUGUAAAAUAAUUAUGGGGAGCAAGAUCCAUCGGUGCGCGAAGAAUGUCGUAACUAUAAACAUUAUAUUAACAUCUCAUACGAUAUAUUAAUCAUCUGAUGUGGCCGUUAGGUCACAUCGCUUUCCGUCCAGCAAUUAAACUAAUUAAUAUGUUACCAGAUAUUACCAUACUAAAUUAUGUUUGGCCGCUGUCGCCGAUAGGGAUGGAAUCGGUAGCUAGUUAAGAUGCGCCUGACUAAGGAGGCAACAUCAUCAAGGAUAAUAAUUCCUAGAAACCUUAGUCAACCAAUGGUGCGUCCUCCAAAAGUACCUCCAACCAGUUAUAAGGGUUGGAGCUUUUAACCAUUGGUGAUACCUUCGCUUCAUACUUGCGGCUCGUGUCUGAUUGGUUGGUUGGUUGUUUUGCGGUGUAUUGUGGCCGGAAAUUUCAAGUAAGUGGGCGAAAUUAAUUUCUAUUAAAGACAGUUGCAGGCGCUUUAUUUUUCCUUCGCCCGUUUUUUCUCGCCCUUUUUCUCUUCGCCCAGUUUUUCUAACCCGCCAUUUAUUCAAAAAUCCUUAAAACCUUCGAUAAAAUAAAUGGACUGCCACGUAGGCUAGGUGUUGUGCCGCGUACGGCCAGAUAUUAGAGACCAUGCGAUUUCAGGACGGCAACGCGCCGACGACGGCCAAAACAAACUCCUUCAAAUAAAUUGUAGUGAAGAUAAUUCGUCGUACAUUAUCAAUCGUAUGAAUUUAAUAAUUAAUGGUUGGGAAGAAUUCUCCUGAACCCAAUUUGAAGUUGCACUUGUUGCGGCUUGAAAUGCAGCCGUUGUAUCAAGACGUGAAAAUCUGUGAUUUGGCGUUGUAAACAGAUCGAGGACAAUGUCUAAAUUAUUCAUAUAUUGUAAUUUUUCAAUUCUUUUCAAUGUGCAAUCUACAUAUUCAAAUUACCCUCUUAAUUCUCUGUUAACUUCUCAGUUAUUGUGCCAAUAAUAACAUUUAACCUCGCAGACUCAGCUUGCACCGGGUUUCGCGGUAAUUUUCCUGAGAAUGUUUUUUGAGGCUCCUGAUGAUGUAAGUGCAGGGAUGCAGCUCAUGAUGCAGAUAUUAUCUCUCGUCACAACAGGAGAAGGAGUAAGUCGCGGUUUCAGUUUUAAACCUCGUUCAGACGACGUGUUUGUCGUGACUCCACCAAAAUGCGGCACAACAUGGAUACAAUAG